AAAUAAGGAAGAAAAAAAAAAAGACAGAGAGAGUGAUGAAGCACAGUACGUGGCAACCUGCACUUGUUCUUCUCUUCCAUUCCCAAUGAAAAUUCUCGUCGUUAAUUUGCGAUAAUUCUUUGUCUGAAAUUGGUAAGAAAAAACGUGUAAUCAAUCAGAAGAAAAGAGAAAGAUGGAGCUGUGGAACAGAGCCCGAAGCUUUGCGGAAGAAGCAGCGAAACGAUCGAAUGAUCUGUCCUUGGGAGCUUCCAAAUUGAGCGAUAUCAUUACAGAGACCACCAAAGAGAUAGCGGCACAAGCUUCCAAGCACCUGACCCAACCUUCGCUCAUAAACGACGUCGAUCUCCACCGUUUUGGCAUCACCGAAGAGUUGAGAGAAUUCGUCAAAGGGAUCACCAUCACUACCUUUGAAGAUUUCCCCCUUGAAGAUGAUACGGAGUUUUCUGANAUAUAUAUAUAUAUAUCGUUUAAAACAUGGAAUGGUGUUGUGGCAGAGAGAUAA